ACACUAAGCCCCAACGAAUUCUCCGAGCUUUCAGACUUACUUCCGCGUGGCCGAUCCCCCCAACUCAAAACCAGAGACGGUUACAGCUGACGUUCAGCACGUCUACUGCCGAACGGUGCCGUCGACUCUCGUACUGUAGCCGGCAGCUUCUUUACAGGAAUCAGGAGUUUUCUGUGCUUGGGGUUUUCCCUUGCGACUCCGCUGCCACAUUUUUCCCGCCCGUCUCCACCUUCCCUCAUCCCGUGCCUCAGCAUUUCAGCGCCCCAGGCUGCUCUGCCUGUCUGGGGUAUUAUCGGGUUCGUUGUCUUUUGGAUACUGGGUGUCGGCGCGAAGUAUAGGUCGGGAUGGAGGGAAGUAGUUCUGGUGGGGGCGGCGCUGGUGGUGGCUCGGCUGCGAGCAGUAGCAGCGACUUUGUAUGUUGCCUUAUUGUAUCUUCUUCGUUCCUGGAGGUGAACGCUAAUUGUUCUUUUCCUCAUGCCUUCUCUAGGUCCGGAAACUUUACAAGUACGUGCCAAUCCUACCGUUGCUAGAGUGUGCGGAGCGUAAUAACUUUUUGGCUAUAGAAUGUUGGAGGACCCUACACAUCGACAGACUGUUCGAUGGAGCGACACCGGCGAUAGUUUUAUAGUUGUAGAUGUACGAGACCACUUACCCUGCCCCUCAGAGGAGCCACCUUCCAGUCCGCCAUGAUUAACCGCAUGAGUACCGGUAGACCAACGAGUUCACGAGAAACAUACUCCCGAAUCACUUCAAGCACAGCAAUUUUGCCAGUUUUGUGAGACAGCUGAACAAGUGCGCCCUUGUAUCAAAAACCGGACCUUUCUUCCAAGCUAAUGCCACGGCAGGUAUGAUUUUCACAAGAUUCGGAACAAUGAGGAGGGUGGAGGCAAUUCUUAUGGGCACCAGGUUCUGUCCCGCGCAAUACUUACGCAAGAGGGGCGUGUUCUAACCGGAAUGGGGUAUCAAGACUUGGGAAUUCAAGCAUCCAGAUUUUCAGAUGAACAACAUAGACAACCUUGAUAACAUCAAGAGGAAGGCACCCGCACCGCGGAAGCAAGCGCAGCAGAACGAGGACGGGGGCGUGCAACAGAUCGAGGACUUGAACAAUCAGGUGCAGGAGUUGUCGAAAGCCAACCAGGAGAUGACCGGCCAAGUUCAGAGCUUAGCCAGCGAUAAUCAUACCAUCAUUCAGGAAUUGGGCACAAUGCAGCAUGUGCUUCAGCAACACGAGGAGCGGGUUAGGAUACAAGAGAAGGUGAUAGAUAACAUCAUGGUGUAUCUCCAGAAGCUGGACGAUGAGAUAAAGGAAAUGAGACCUGUUGGUGGUAUUCCAUCUCAACAGAGACAUGACAAUGAUGGAAGACCUUCGUCUUCUGUCUCUCCGGAGGACUCUGUGACUGGGCCUGCUACGAGUGCUUCAACUUCUCGAGAGCACCUAUCAACCCCGCUGCAACGGGCCCAGAUGCUUCUUAACAACCCUCCCGAGAUUCUAGAUGCCAGCCCUUCCAUGGGGCGAUUUAGAGGUCUUUCCCAAUCGGGGCCUUCUGAGACAGCUGAUUAUAGCAAUUUUGGGGCUGUGAAUCGCCUCGCACAGAAUGGCCAACGACCAGCGGCAUUGCCCAACGGCAUACCUACUGUUCCGGAGGAUGGGAGUGCCACAUUUGCAAUCAGCCCGGGAACCACAAUGGUAGAGCCUUUCUCCAACGGGAAUCUUGGAUAUCACAUGCAGCCGCCACAGCAUGAGAAUGGAAGCCUAGGCAUACGCGGAAGACCGGCUCCUAGCCGGAAACGCAGUACGCCAUUUGUCCCCCCGAAUUGGCAAGCCCCGCCUAGAGUAUUACUGGUUGAGGAUGAUCCGACUUGUGCACGGAUUGGAUCUAAAUUUCUUCAGACGGCGGAGUGCAGCGUUGACAUGGCAGUGAGGUUCCCUCUCCUAUAUUAUGAACGGGCUCAAGUGACCGUUGAAUCGUCCCGCACAAUGUUUUCGCUCCCGGAUCUCCUUUCUAUGACUUUCUCGCCCGUUCCUUUGUUUUAGUCCUCGCUGGACAAGCACUACCUGCUUUUAUGGCCUCUCUAUGUCAUUCAUGGUGACUAACUUUCUGUUAGAGCAAUGGGUUAAUAGCCGUCAAUAAGCUCAAUAAUGGGAAAUAUGAUCUUGUUCUCAUGGACAUAGUUAUGCCGCAACUCGAUGGUGUCUCUGCGGCUUCCCUAGUCAGACAGUUUGAUAACACGACCCCGAUUAUAGCGAUGACAUCCAACAUUCGCCGAGACGAUAUCAAUAUGUAUUUCAAUCAUGGUGAGACGUUUUACCUAUAGCAGUUGGAAGUGGGGUUAUUGAAUACGUUUUAGGAAUGAACGAUGUAUUACCUAAACCCUUUACCAAAGAAGGGCUGCUCAACAUGCUUGAAAAAUAUCUUUCGCAUCUCAAGGCCAACGAAGGGCAAAUACCUACGCAGCUGAAUUUCAAUGAGCACGACAAUAGGAUUAUCGAAGAACAAGGGACUAUUAUGGCCAAAAGUGGACUUAAAUAUUCCCAGUCGCCUUCAAAGUCACCACAGGGUACGGUAUUGUACGGGCGCCCACCCGCUGAUGCGGGGGAAGAUCCAAUCGGGGAAACGCCCUCGGCUGUUGAAGACGCGGCCUAUGCAAACAUCAUACCAGGUUACUUGGGCGACAGUACUGCGCCUCGCGCAACCGGUGCCUUUCCCUCCCCUGGAACACUCGCCCAUGGAGUCCGGCGGGGGGCUUCAGAAAUGGAUGAUAGCCAACAACAGCUCAUGAGCCUCGACUCUAAGAAGACUCGUUAUUAG